GAAAACACAAUGUUUGCUGUAUAGCUGUGCUCUUCACACUCAACAAACAGCUGUUUGUUGUUUUACAGCUGCUGAUUGGAAUUUGGUUGAGAACAGCUAGAAAAUGCCGGAGCCGCGCAGCCCAAUGGCCCGCUUUGUACAAUCCGUACAGGAUACAAUCGAUGGACCCAUCACCUGGUUUCGUGAAUCGAUUGUCGAACCGAAUCAACAGAAGUCGAAUUGGUACCAUCAGCGCUUCCGUCGUGUGCCAACCAUCGAUCAGUGCUACACAGACGAUGCCGUCUGCCGCUUCGAGGCGGAUCAGCAGUUCCGGCGGGAUCGCAUGGUGGACAACGAGGUCUUGAACAUCUUGCGGCAGCGCUUCGAGGAUUGCACCCUGUACGAGGCGCCCGACCAUAUGGUCAAGUGCAAGCCACUGCUCGAGCAAUACGAAAAGGCCACCGAGAACUGGUUCAUCAAGUAUGGCGACUUGGGCGGCUAUGCCAAUGCGAAGACCGCGUACAUGAAGCAGAAGCAUCGCCUCAUCUGGGAGCGUCGUCACGGUCCAGUUGGCAGCGGCAUGAAGGACGACGAUAAUGUGGCCCAUUGAAAAGCCUCCGCCACAAAACUAAAAACCAUCAAAUGUUCGUAGCCUGUGACGUGGAUUUACAUAAAUAUAUACACAAACUGUAGAAAAAUGAC